AUCUUAAUGCUUCUGUAUGAAGCGCAUGCACAAGUAGCAACAAAGAUUUCUUUCCCAUUUACUGUGUUUAGAUAAACUGUUAUUAGAAAUUUAGCGGCAUUACUCAUUAGUCUACAGAAUCCAGCAGCGGGCAGAUGAUACAAAAUGCCUGAAAUAAAAGUAACACCUUUAGGUGCUGGACAGGAUGUCGGUCGCAGCUGCAUCCUCGUGUCCAUCGGAGGCAAAAACAUCAUGCUGGACUGUGGGAUGCACAUGGGAUACAACGACGACAGGCGUUUCCCAGACUUUUCCUACAUAACACAGAACGGCCGCCUGACAGACUUCUUAGACUGCGUGAUCAUCAGCCACUUUCACCUGGAUCACUGCGGUGCCCUGCCUUACAUGAGCGAGAUGGUAGGCUACGACGGACCCAUCUACAUGACCCAUCCCACUAAGGCCAUUUGUCCCAUUUUACUUGAAGAUUUCCGGAAGAUCACCGUUGACAAGAAGGGAGAAACCAACUUCUUCACCUCGCAAAUGAUCAAGGACUGUAUGAAGAAAGUGAUUCCUUUGAACCUACACCAAACUGUGCAGGUGGAUGAUGAGCUGGAGAUCAAGGCGUACUAUGCAGGCCACGUUCUGGGAGCUGCUAUGGUGCACAUCAAAGUGGGAUCAGAGUCUGUGGUCUACACUGGAGACUAUAACAUGACACCAGACAGGCAUUUAGGCGCUGCUUGGAUUGAUAAAUGUCGUCCUGACAUCCUAAUAUCUGAAUCUACUUACGCCACAACUAUCCGUGAUUCAAAAAGAUGCAGAGAAAGAGACUUCCUGAAGAAAGUUCAUGAAACCAUAGAAAGAGGAGGAAAGGUUCUCAUUCCAGUUUUUGCUCUGGGACGUGCACAAGAGCUCUGCAUCCUGCUGGAAACAUUUUGGGAGAGAAUGAAUCUAAAAGCUCCGAUCUACUUUUCCACUGGGCUGACAGAGAAAGCCAAUCAUUACUACAAGCUUUUCAUAACAUGGACCAACCAGAAGAUCCGAAAAACCUUUGUACAGAGAAACAUGUUUGAAUUUAAACACAUCAAGGCCUUCGAUCGCUCCUAUGCAGAUAAUCCUGGGCCAAUGGUGGUGUUCGCCACACCGGGUAUGCUACAUGCUGGCCAGUCUUUGCAGAUAUUCAAGAAAUGGGCUGGCAAUGACAAGAACAUGGUGAUUAUGCCUGGGUAUUGUGUGCAAGGGACUAUUGGUCAUAAGAUCCUUAAUGGGCAACGAAAACUGGAGAUGGAAGGAAGAUCAACGCUGGAUGUGAAGCUGCAGGUGGAGUACAUGUCCUUCAGCGCACACGCUGAUGCAAAGGGCAUCAUGCAGCUUAUUCGCAUGGCAGAGCCCCGCAACAUGCUGCUGGUGCAUGGCGAGGCUGCAAAAAUGGAGUUUCUCAAGGGGAAGAUCGAACAGGAGUUCAGUAUAGACUGUUACAUGCCGGCCAACGGGGAGACGGUGGCUGUGACGACGAACCCCAGCGUUCCUGUGGACAUAUCGCUCAACCUGCUCAAGAGGGAGAUGGCUCUUGGAGGCCCUCUACCUGAUCCUAAAAAACCUCGCACCAUGCAUGGAACCCUCAUCAUGAAAGAAAAUAGCUUGAAGCUGGUGUCAUCAGAACAGGCCCUGAAAGAGCUGGGCCUCAAUGAACAUCAGUUACGCUUCACCUGCCGCGUGCAACUCCAGGACCCGCACAGUGACUCCGACACGCUCCACAGAAUCUACACACACCUCAAGAGUGUGCUAAAAGAUUACACCAUCCAGCACCUUCCUGAUGGAACAGUCAUGGUGGAAUCCAUCGUUAUAAAAGUCUCCUCUUCGGCCGAAGAUGCCAAUGCCAAAGUCCUGCUGCUAUCUUGGAGUUAUCAGGAUGAAGAUCUGGGGAGCUACCUAUCAUCUCUGCUCAAGAAGGGCCUUCCAAAUUGACUCUUUUUAUCUUGAUUAUAUUUUUUAGGUUUUUUUAUUUGUUUGUUUUAGAGCAAUGUAACUUGAAAGGAUUUGACUCUUAAUGGAAAGUUUCCAUCACCCGCUCUUCAGUGCGGAAAAUGUCAGUCGUCGUCUUGUCAACGUAAAUACUGAAGCUAAAGCUGCUUCCUUUUUGUUUGCAGAGACACUUAACAACUACAAAGGCUCCAUUCCCAUUGAUCAAAUGACUGAAGCUUCCAGAGAAAUUCAGAUUUUGAUUAUUUUAUUUUGAAAUUUGCCACCACUAUAUACAGUUUUACAGAAAGAGCUUCAUUUUUUAAUAUUGUACCUAUUUAUCCAGUGUUUGAGUUGUGUAUUUACAUCGACACUAGUUGUCAAAUCUGUGCACACCCAUUAAGAGACCUUAAUGCAUUUACAUACUUUCACUUUCAAUCUGAUAUGUUGUAUCACACUGUACAAUUCGGCUGAAAAAAAAACCCAUUAGUUGUGAAAUAUUUAAAAAAAAAAUAAAGCUGAAGUUCAGCGUU